AUGCCUCGACACGACUGGUCUAACGUCACAUACGAGCCAAUCAACGGAAAUAUUGAAGAAAUCGAUAUUUGGACAAGGGGCCCGAACAGGGAGCUCAUAGUGAGGCCAGGCCAUCAAACAUCGUCAGCUUCAAUCCCUCCAGUCGAUCCCCAUCCAGCUCCGGUUUGGUGGGUACCUCCAGUUGCUUCAAGCCCAGCCGUUCAGUGGUUAGUCGGCCAACCUCAGACUGGAACGGCCGAGGCUCCCGUCAUCAAUAACACCCCCAGCAGUGCCCCAAUCAAUGUCCACGAUUUUGCGAAUGCAGCAUCGAAUUCCGCGGCUAUUGCAAGUAUCGAGUUCAAUGGCCAGCGAUCCAAUCUCUUCAGCGCAAAUGGCCCAUACCCCGAUCCGUAUUGGUGGCACCACGUUCCACACCAUCCGCCGCUGGAGUCGGAAGAAGCCAUUGUCAGGGCACAUGUCCUUGCCGAGGAGAAUGACAAGAAGAACGCUAGUGAACAAGCGGUGCAGAAAUACAAGCUAGAGCUGGCUGAGGCUGAGAAAGUAAAGCAAAGGAUCAUUAAUGAACACGAGCUGGAAAUGAAAAAUAAGGAGGAGGACACCCGGAGGCUGAAGGACUUCUGGGAAGCCCAACAAAAGGCCGAACAGCUCAAAAAGGAGAAUGAAAAGAAAAAGCAAGAGGAAGAUCUAAAGAAUGAAAUGCGGAAGAAGAUGGUUGACCACGGAUUUGGACCCGAUGAGAUCGAACAGGCCAUCAGCGGGAAGCCAUAUCACCCUACUCACCACCUGAAUCCGGUUCCAUAUACUCAUUCUUCUUCCCAUGCUCAUCAGCAUUCUCUUUGCGCGGAUUUAUCCUGUCCCGGCCUUGGUUUGUCGGACGUGGAGUAUGUUCGGGUUCGGUGGGAGCAAUUAAACACCGAGACACUGGACUACUUUGGUAUCCCUUGGAAAUUUGAUUCGGACGAUCGAGAGGUGAUUCUUAUCCUACGCCCGAAGUCUUCACUUAACAUUCAGGACCUUUUCUCCCACACCCGAGAGCAUUACGACUUCGAUGUCUUAAUGCGUGUUUGGAAACGGAAGGCCGUCAUCGAAGUCAGGCCGACGAAGAAGAAGAAGAAGAAGAAGAAGAAAUAUCGUUUGUGCCUGAUACGAGAACCAUAUUGA